AAUGCAGAGCUGUGCUUUGUCGCGCUGACUGAGGGCUGUGCCGUCAAAAACCAGACACACUGAGAUGAUGGAGCGCUGAAUUUGGAUAUAUUUCUUGGUAUUUUGAGCUGUGAGAUAUAGGAGGAAAACAUGAAUUCUGCUGAAGCGCCGGAGGACGGACCCAAUGAUUCGGACACGGAUGCAUUCUUCAAAACAGGGUCUUUCAGAAGUGAAGGAAUUAAAGCCUCUGAUGUCCUUCCUGUGCUGAGAGAAAAAAUAGCGUUUGUGUCAGGCGGUCGUGAUAAGAGAGGUGGCCCCAUACUGACCUUUCCUGCCAGGAGUAACCAUGACCGAAUAAAACAAGAGGACCUGAGACGGCUCGUAACAUACCUGUCCACUGUGCCCAGUGAGGACGUGUGUAAGAGAGGCUUCACUGUGAUUAUUGACAUGCGUGGCUCUAAGUGGGACUUAAUAAAGCCAUUGCUAAAGACGCUACAGGAAGCGUUUCCAGCUGAGAUCUGCGUCGCUCUCAUCAUCAAACCAGACAACUUCUGGCAGAAGCAGAAGACCAACUUUGGUAGCGCCAAGUUCACUUUUGAGACUAGCAUGGUAUCAGUGGAGGGCUUGACCAAACUAGUUGACCCAUCCCAGCUAACGGACGACUUUGAAGGUUCUCUGGAAUACAAUCAUGAGGAAUGGCUUGAGCUCCGGGUGGCUCUGGAGGAGUUUCUGGCCAGCGCUGUUCACCUCCUCUCUCGCCUGGAAGAUCUACAGGAGAUUCUGGCUAAGAAGGAGUUCCCGGUGGAUGUGGAGGGCUCUCGGAGACUCAUCGACGAGCACACACAGCUGAAGAAAAAGGUGAUGAAGGCUCCGGUGGAAGAGCUGGACCAUGAAGGCCAGAGACUCUUGCAGUGCAUCCGCUCCAGCGACGGCUUCUCAGGGAGGAACUGCAUUUCUGGAAGUGCCGACUUCCAGAGCGUGGUUCCGAAGAUCGCCAGUCUGCUGGAUAAACUUCACAGCACCCGACAGAACCUGCACCAGAUGUGGCACCUACGAAAACUGAUGCUGGAUCAGUGCUUUCAGCUCCGACUGUUUGAACAGGAUGCAGAGAAGAUGUUUGACUGGAUCAGUCACAAUAAGGAGUUGUUUCUUCAGAGCCACACGGAGAUCGGUGUGAGCUACCAGCACGCUGUGGAGCUACAGACGCAACACAACCACUUUGCCAUGAACUCUAUGAAUGCCUACGUAAACAUAAACCGCAUCAUGUCGGUGGCGUCGCGGCUGUCUGAGGCGGGCCACUACGCCGCUCAGCAGAUCAAACAGAUCAGCACUCAGCUGGAUCUGGAGUGGAAGAGCUUUGCGGCUGCUCUCGAUGAACGGAGCACCAUCCUUGCCAUGUCUGCUGUCUUCCAUCAGAAAUCUGAACAGUUUUUGUCUGGUGUGGAAACAUGGUGUAAGAUGUGCAGUGAAGGCGGUUUGCCAUCAGAGAUGCAGGAUCUGGAAUCGGCCAUUCAUCACCAUCAGACGCUCUAUGAACAAGUCACACAAGCAUACACAGAGGUGAGUCAGGAUGGUAAGGCUUUGCUGGACGUUCUUCAGCGGCCGUUGAGUCCUGGGAACGCAGAGUCUCUGACUGCAACAGCAAACUACUCUAAAGCCGUGCACUGUAUACUGGACGUGGUCCACGAGGUCCUGCAUCAUCAGAGACGUCUGGAGAACAUCUGGCAGCACCGUAAAGUCCGUCUGCAUCAGAGACUGCAGCUCUGUGUCUUCCAGCAGGACGUCCAACAGGUGAUUGACUGGAUCGAGAAUCACGGAGAGGCUUUCCUCAGCAAACACACUGGUGUGGGCAAAUCCCUGCACAGAGCCAGAGCCCUCCAGAAACGCCAUGAUGACUUUGAGGAGGUGGCACAGAACACCUACACUAAUGCAGAUAAGCUGCUGGAAGCUGCUGAGCAGUUGGCUCAGACGGGCGAGUGUGACCCUGAGGAGAUCUACAAGGCAGCGCGACACCUGGAAGUCAGGAUCCAGGACUUUGUCAGGCGAGUGGAGCAAAGAAAACUACUGCUGGACAUGUCCGUCUCUUUCCACACACACACUAAAGAGUUGUGGACGUGGAUGGAGGACUUGCAGAAAGAGUUGCUGGAGGAAGUUUGUUCUGACUCAGUCGAUUCAGUUCAGGAGCUGAUAAAACAGUUUCAGCAGCAGCAGACGGCCACGCUGGAGGCAACACUCAAUGUCAUUAAAGAGGGAGAAGAUCUUAUGCAACAACUCCGAGAUUCAGCAAUGAGCAGUAAUAAGAUGCCCCAUACCAGCUCCAUCGCUCACAUUGAGGGCGUCCUGCAGCAGCUAGAGGAGGCGCAGGGCCACAUGGAGGAGCUCUUCCACGAGAGGAAGAUCAAACUCGACAUCUUCUUGCAAUUGCGCAUCUUUGAGCAGUACACCAUUGAGGUAACGGCAGAGUUAGACGCGUGGAAUGAAGACCUGGUUCGUCAGAUGAAUGAAUAUACCGGAGAAGAACCCAGUUUGGCUGAGCAGAGACUCCAGCGGCACGCUGAGAGGAAACUGGCCAUGACUAACAUGACCUACGAAGUCAUGCAGCAGGGUCAGGACCUGCAUCAGUACAUCAUGGAAGUUCAAGCUUCAGGUAUUGAGUUGACGGGAGAGAAGGAGGUGGAUCUGGCAACUCAAGUUCAGGAGCUGCUGGAGUUUCUUCAUGAGAAACAGCACGAGUUGGAUAUGAGUGCCGAACACACACAGAAGCGCCUGGAGCAGUGUGUGCAGCUACGCCACCUACAGGCUGAGGUUAAACAGGUUCUGGGGUGGAUUCGUAAUGGUGAAUCUAUGUUGGAUGCCAGUAUGGUGAAUGCAAGUUCACUGUCAGAGGCCGAACAACUACAGAGAGAACAUGAACAGUUCCAGCUGGCCAUAGAGUCUUUGUUCCACGCUAACUCUCUCCAGAAAACCCAUCAGAGUGCACUACAGGUGCAGCAGAAGGCAGAAAUCAUGUUACAGGCUGGACAUUUUGACCCCGAGGCCAUCCGCAGCUGUGCAGAGAAGGUGGCCGUGCACUGGCAGCAGCUCAUGCUCAAGAUGGAGGACAGGCUCAAACUGGUUAAUGCCUCGGUGGCCUUCUACAAGACAUCAGAACAGGUGUGUAGUGUUCUGGAGAGUCUGGAGCAGGAGUACCGCAGAGAUGAAGACUGGUGUGGAGCUCAUGAUAAACUGGGAUCUUCAUCGGAGACUGAUCACGUUCUGCCUCUCAUCAGCAAACACCUGGAGCAGAAAGAAGCUUUUCUCAAGGCAUGUACUCUGGCCCGGCGCAAUGCUGAGGUUUUUCUGAAAUACAUCCACCGGAACAAUGUCAGCUCUCAGGGAUCAUCUAGCAACACUCGUGGCCCUGAGCAACAGGUCAAAGCCAUCCUGAAUGAACUGCUGCAGAGGGAAAACAGAGUUUUGCAUUUCUGGACCAUGAAGAAGCGGCGUUUGGAUCAGUGUCAGCAGUAUGUGGUGUUUGAACGCAAUGCCAAACAGGCGUUAGAGUGGAUUGAGGAGGCAGGAGAGGUCUAUCUGGCCACUCACACAUGCAUCGGAGACUCUAUGGAGAAAACUCAGGUGCUCCUUAAAGAAUAUGAAGAAUUCUGCAUCUCUGCCAAGCAAACUAAGGAGAAAGUGAAGAUGCUGAUCCAGCUGGCGGAUAACUUCGUUGAGAAGGGACACAUGCACGUCACCGACUUGAAGAAGUGUCUGACCGCAGUGGACAAGCGCUACAGGGAUUUCUCCCUGCGCAUGGGCAAAUACCGCCGUGACCUGGAAAAUGUGCUGGGCAUCAGCUCUGAAGAUAAUAAGGAUCUGGAGUUGGAUAUCAUCCCUGCCAGUCUGACUGGCCCAGAGGUUAAACUCCGUGACCCCAACCACGAGGUGAAUGAAGAAAAGAGGAAAUCAGCCCGGAAGAAAGAGUUUAUUAUAGCAGAGCUGUUGCAGACAGAAAAGGCGUAUGUGAGGGACUUACAUGAAUGCUUAGAGACAUAUUUGUGGGAGAUGACCAAUGGCGUGGAGGAAAUUCCUUCAGGAAUCGCCAACAAAGAGCACAUCAUCUUUGGCAACAUUCAGGAGAUUUACGACUUCCACAAUAAUAUAUUCCUGAAGGAGCUGAUCAAUUAUGAGCAACUGCCUGAGGAUGUGGGACAUUGCUUUGUGACAUGGGCUGAUAAGUUUAACAUUUAUGUGACAUACUGCAAAAACAAACCAGAUUCCAGUCAGCUCAUCCUAGACCAUGCUGGGAGUUUUUUUGAUGAGAUUCAGAAGAGACACAGUCUGACCAACUCUAUAUCAUCAUACCUCAUCAAACCUGUACAGAGAAUCACCAAAUAUCAGCUGCUGCUCAAGGAGCUGCUGUCUUGCUGUGAAGAAGGCAAAGGUGAAAUUAAAGACGGCCUGGAGGUCAUGCUGAGUGUGCCAAAGAGAGCCAAUGACGCCAUGCACGUCAGCAUGCUGGAGGGUUUUGAUGCAAAUUUAGAUGUUCAGGGUGAACUCAUCCUCCAAGACACCUUCCAGGUGUGGGACCCCAAAUCGCUGAUCCGGAAGGGACGAGACCGCCACCUCUUCCUCUUCGAGAUCUCCCUGGUCUUCAGCAAAGAGAUCAAAGACUCAGCAGGACGAUCCAAAUACAUCUUUAAAAGCAAACUACUGACUUCUGAAUUGGGGGUGACAGAGCAUGUAGAGGGGGACCCGUGUAAAUUUGCUCUGUGGGUAGGACGCACACCAUCGUCUGACAACAAGACUGUCCUCAAGGCAUCCAGUAUUGAGGUGAAGCAAGAAUGGAUUAAAAACAUCCGAGAGGUCAUCCAGGAGAGAAUAAUUCACCUGAAGGGGGCGCUAAAGGAACCUAUCCACAUUCCCAAAACUCCAGCCAAACCUCGCAAUAACAGCAAGAGGGACGCUGGUGAGGAUGCUGACAGUCAGGGAGACGGCAGCAGUCAGCCGGACACCAUCUCCAUCGCAUCCAGAACAUCUCAGAACACUGUAGACAGUGACAAGUUCACUGUACAGGGCUCGACAAUAAGGACUGUGCGAGACGCUCGGGCCAGUGUACAGAAUGGUUACUGGCCCAAUCGGGCCAGUGCUGCCUUGCCACAAAAGUUUGGCUGUGCCUUUACAUUAACCUCUCACUGUGUUCUUCCUCCUGCAGAAAACUAUGCAGUUAGUGGCCCAGAAGGAAAGACAGAUUCAGUGGCCACACUGCAGCCACAGCCGUCCCUGAACUCCCUGCAGAGUAGCUCUCCUGGACCCAAGCGCUCUGGGAAUACACUGAAGAAAUGGCUGACCAGUCCUGUCCGACGCCUCAGUCAUGGCAGUAACAUCAAGAAGAUCCCAAGCAAACAGAAGCAGAAACGUGAUGGUCGCAAGAGUAUUGAUAUGGGGCCACCCGAACUGCAGGAUGAUACCUUGGAAGAGCGAGUGCAAAAACGAAGAGGGCACCUCUCCAAGUCUUCAUCUGGGAUGCACAGUGGAGGAGAGGAAGAGCCUGAGGACGAGUCUCACACUCCUCUCCCUCCUCCAAUGGAGAUCAUUAAAGACCCGUCUGCUCAGGAAGAGAAGUCUGUGCUUCUGGCUUCCCGGCAGAGCUCGGCUGAUGUCCCCAGUGCUGCUGAGCUUGUCAGUGCUAUAGAAAAACUGGUCAAAACUAAAAUGACACUGGAGCCAGGCUCAUACCCAGGAUUCAGCUCGGUCAAUCCAGCAGAGCAGAGCCCGAUUCCACCCAGAAACCCUGAACUAGAGCAGAAAGCAAAAGCACUACGAGGACGAAUGUUUGUAGUCAAGGAAUUAAUCCAGACGGAAAAAGACUAUGUUAAAGAUCUGGGAAUCGUGGUUGAGGGUUUUAUGAAGAGAAUCGAGGAGAAAGGAGUUCCUGAUAACAUGAAAGGGAAAGAUAAGAUCGUCUUCGGAAACAUUCACCAAAUCUACGACUGGCACAAAGACUUUUUUGUCGGGGAACUGGAAAAGUGUCUAGAAGAUCACGAAAAGCUGCCUGAGCUGUUCUGUAAACAUGAGAGACGGUUACACAUGUAUGUGGUUUACUGUCAGAACAAACCCAAAUCAGAAUUCAUCGUUGCAGAAUAUGAUUCAUACUUUGAGGGGAUUCAGCAAGACAUUAACUCAAGACUGAGCAUCAGCGAUUUUCUCAUUAAACCCAUUCAGAGAAUUACUAAAUACCAGCUUCUAUUAAAGGAUGUUUUGAAGUACAGCACAAAAGCAGGAUUGGAUUGUCAGGAUAUAGAGAAUGCAGUAGACCUGAUGUCCCAGGUUCCCAAGCUUUGCAAUGACAUGAUGAAUCUGGGAAGACUGCAGGGAUAUGAGGGGAAGUUGACGAGUCAAGGAAAGCUCUUGCAGCAGGAGACGUUCUUUGUGACCGAGCAGGACUCUGGCGUUCUGUCCCGCAGUAAAGAGCGCAGGGUUUUCCUGUUCGAACAAAUUGUCAUCUUCAGCGAGCUGUUACGCAAAGGCUCUUCCACUCCAGGGUACCAGUUUAAGAAGAGCAUAAAGGUGAGCUUCCUUGACUUGGAAGAGCAUGUUGAAAAUGAUCCAUGCAAGUUUGUGUUGUCGUGUCGUGGGUCAGCAGAACGUUUUACCCUUCAAGCAGCAAACACGGACAUUAAACAAGUCUGGGUUCAGCAUAUCACCCAACUACUAGAUUUACAGAGCAACUUCUUGUCAGCUCUGCAGUCUCCCAUUGAGUAUCAGAAGGAGCGUAGUGGCUCUCAAUCUCUGACCCGGAACUCUUCUGGGCGGAUGGGUCAGUCUAAUAGCAGGCCCUGCUCCACGGUUUCACUCGGAGCAGAGAAACCCUCUCUGUCUGGACGGAGCUCCACCCCGCUAAAGCUAUCUACCUCCAAUGGUGGUCCAUGCCACGAAAGAUACCGCAGGCAGUUUGAAGGCGUGGGCUGUAACGGUACAUCGUCCUCCUUGAUGGUGACUCAAGAUUAUACUGCACUGAAAGAGAACGAGAUCUGUGUCUCACAGGGUGAGGCAGUGCAGGUACUGGCCACUAACCAGCAGAACAUGUACCUGGUGUACCGACCCGCAAAUAGCCAAUCUCCACCUGCAGAGGGCUGGGUGCCAGGACACAUCCUAGGCCCCCUCACAAAACCUCUCGUAGACACUACUGCAGACUCAAGCAUCAAGAAAUCUCUUUCGUGGAACACACUUCGUGCUCGUAAGCGCGCAGAAAAGGACAGCGCGCCCCUCAAAAGUGACUUUAAAGUUGAGAAUGGACUGCGUAAGCCAAAGGAAAUUCUCAGCAGCAAGGUCAAAGUGAAAGAGUCCCGCAGCUCUGAUGAGUCUGAAUGCGAGGAUGAUCUAGACCCCAAAACUAGUAUGGAGUUACUGAACCCUAAUUUCAUCCAAGAGGUCGCUCCAGAGUUUCUGACGCCUCUAACAGAUGUGACGUGUGCUCUGGGAGAGACGGUGGUUCUGUGCUGUAAAGUGUGUGCUCGACCCAAACCCACAAUCACCUUAAAAGGACCUGAUCAAAGUCUGCUGGCCAACAAUAACCGCUUCACUAUUAAUAUCAGAGAAACUGGUGAUAUAGUGUUGAAAAUCUGCAAUCUAAUGCCACAGGACACUGGCAUCUACACGUGUGUUGCUGUGAAUGACCAUGGUACAGCCUCCUCAUCUGCAUCUAUUAAAGUACAAGGUAUCCCAGCAGCCCCUGCUCGACCGGUGGCACAGGAGGCAAGCAGCACUGCAGUGAUUGUCCACUGGCUUCCUCCAGCCAGCUCAGCAAACUCUGCCAUCUCCAGCUACACUGUGGAAUAUAGACAGGAAGAUUCUCUGGUGUGGCAGCAUUUGGUGGUCUCCACAGCAGAUGUGUGUGUAAAGAUUGACAAUCUGAUUCCUGGGGGGCACUACCAGUUCAGAGUCAGUGCCAGUAAUCCCUGGGGCACCAGCCCACCUAGUGAACCCUCAAACAUGGUGACAUUAUCCAGCACAGCAUCAACAUAUGAUGGCGCUGGAAUUCAGUGGAAAGACAACUUUGAAUCUGCUUUUACAGAAUUAUGCGAAAUUGGGCGGGGUCGUUUCUCUGUGGUGAGGAAGUGUCUCAGUAAAGCCACUAAGCAGGAGGUUGCUGUGAAGUUUGUGAAUAAGAAGAUGCACAAGAAAGAACAGGUGGCCCAUGAAGCUGAUAUUCUACGCCAUGUCCAGCACCCCCAACUGGUGUCACUGAUUGAUACUUACGAGUCGCCGACUGCCUACAUGCUGAUUCUUGAACUUGUUGAGGAUGGACGUCUGCUUGACUAUCUGGUAGCUCAUGAUGAGCUGAUGGAGGAAAAAGUGGCAUUCUUCAUUAAAGACACACUGGAAGCUCUGCAGCAUUUGCACACCUGCAGAGUAGCUCACCUAGACCUCAAGCCUGAAAACUUGUUGGUGGACCUCCACGUUCCGGUACCCUGCGUGAAGCUCUCAGAUCUAGGUGAUGCUGUACAGGUUUCAAGUCACCGCUACGUACAUCUCCUUCUGGGGAACCCCGAGUUCGCUGCUCCAGAGCUCAUCCAGGGCACUCCAGUGUCCCUCUCUACAGAUGUGUGGAGUGUAGGGGUGUUAGCCUACGUCAUGCUUAGUGGAGUCUCCCCAUUCCUGGAUGAGAGUCUGGAGGAGACCUGCGUCAACAUCUGCAGACUGGACUUCUGCUUUCCUCAAGAGUACUUCUCUGAUAUAAGCCAGGCAGCCAAAGACUUUAUUGUGUCCACGCUUAACCAGGAUCCCAGGAAGAGGCCAAGCUCGGCCUCGUGUCUUCAGCACCCAUGGGUCAGUGCUCAUAGUGGAGAUUACUCCAAAACACCUCUGGAUACUGUCAGACUCGCUGCGUUUAUAGACAGACGCAAACAGCUACAUGAUGUCAGACCUGUCACAAACAUUAAAGGAAUGGUUAGCAGCAGUAUGGGACACACCUUAUGAGAAAGGCUCAUGGACUCUAGCAUGUUCUAUGCUGUAUUUCAACAUUAUAUGUAAUUUACAUUAUAUCAUAUCAUUUGGAAUGUGCACUUACUGUUUACCGUGUUCCUGUACAUGUGAAUUUACUGGCCGGCACCAUAAUGAUUUGUUGAACUUUAAAUUCAACUCCAUACGUGGGAUCAUUAGCAAUUAAUAGACUUCAGAAAGUACAUGUGCACGGGAACAGUGGAAACUGAAGAGCUAGGAGAAAUAACAAUGAAUGUCACAUUAAAGCUUAGGCAUGUUUUAAAACUUUAACAGCCCUAAAUAGACUAGCAGUUGGUUGUUGUGUUUAGGACUUGCGAGAAAAGUUCAACCAAAAAUAGCAAUUUGUGAUCACUUUUUUGUCACUCCAAACCCACAAGAUGUUCGAAAAUAAAUAGAGGUGUUUUAUACAGUGAAAGAAAAGGAAGAACUAAAUGUAUUUGUGUUUACAUUUAUUUUAAUAUGGCACAUCAGGUCUGACAUGCUGACUUUGGUUGUCUAGUUUGUCAAAUGUAUAGCAGUUUGAAUAUAUACAGGUUCAAAUGUCGAUAAGAGUACAGCCAGUUCUUUACUUAAUGAUACUUUAUGAUACGUUUUAGUAUUUAGUAUGUAGUUUCAGUAUUCAUUAAAUUCAAAUACAGAUUUUCAGCACCGGGUGAGAAAAAAAAAUUAUACCAGAACAUGGUAGAAUAUGGCUGGCAAUUUAAAUAUAAAAAUAAUUUAGAGAUCGGUCGUCUUGCAGAAGUUGUAUUUUUAAUGAUUCCAUUAGGACAAAUAAAGAUAAAUGUCAAUGUUUGUCAGGUAAAAAUAAUUGUAUAAAUACCUGCAUGUAUGAAUAACAGCACAACCACCAUUUCAUCUGCGAUAUACUUUUUUGAUAUAGAAAACGGUCAUAACUCAUCAAGUUUAAGUAAUAAUUUUGAAUGUGUUAAAACAGAAACAUUAUUGGAAUGAAAUUGUAGUUUUCUUAUUUGACUGAGUCUUACAUAACCCGAGAAGGUCUAUGGGGAAACGGGAGAUAAACAAAAGCUUCUACAAUAAUAUAUGUACAGUAGUUUUGUGUACAUUCUGUUUGUGGGCAGAUAUCGAUGUCAACAAAUAAAAAACUAAAUAUCAGGGGAUU